AUGAUCUCCAGAGAUCCAGUCUUGAAACUCAUGAAUCAUAAGUUAUUUAUUGAUUCAAUGGACGAACUGAUCACUUUGGAAGGUGCGUCACAAUCUGAACAGAUUAUUGGAUCCCAUGAUUUCUGUAAUUUCUCGAAUAUCACCCAUCAUGAGCAUGAUGAACAAUCAAUUCUCAUCGUCUGGUGGAGCAAUGUGGCAGUUCUACCGAUUAUUGCAUUAAUAGGACUCGCAUGUAAUCUUCUGAAUAUGGCAGUUCUCACUUCUAAUAAAACAGCUCGUCGCAUUCCUUCGUGGAAUCUUUUGAUAGCUUUGGCAAUAUGUGACAGUUUGUUUCUGAUAUUCGCAACACUGGAUGUCACUCCACUUUCUAUUCCAUCUUUGGCAUUUUCCACGUCAUUCAAUCAUUUCUAUUCAAGAGUUGUUCUUUAUAUCAGAACUUUGGCUUCUACUUUUUAUAAGAGCUCUGUUUUAAUAGUUGUAGCCUUCAACAUUGAACGAUACCUCUGCGUCGUUUGUCCUCUGAAUUCUCAUCGUUGGUGUACUUCAAGAAAUUCGAAGAGUGCUAUUGCCACCGCAGUCUUCGUCUCGUUCUUAUGUUCAAUCCAAUGGCCACUCGCAUACGACACAAUUCGUUGUUUCGAAAGCAAUUCGAACGAGUAUUACUACGUGAUUCUCAUGUCGACAAACCGUGCUCUUCAGAUCUACUACCGUACCAUGGACUACAUCUCACUUUUUGCCUUCAACGUCCUCCCAAUUAUUGCUCUUCUCUACAUGAAUUCUCGUAUCAUUUUCACUCUCCGUCGUGUUGUCGAUGAAGAUUCUAGAAGAGACGAAGAAACCAAACUAUCCGAUGGUCUCAUCCAAAACGAAGCUCAUAACAACCGUACCAUGAGAGCAAAUGCGAUGCUUUUCGCCGUUGUCUUCAUGCUUUUCUUCUGUGUCGGACCACAAGCUCCUGCACGUCUUCUGUUCGAUAUUUAUGGUCAAUACCAUCCAAAAGCAAUUCUUUACGUAUGUCUCAGUCAGCAACUGGUCUUCUUGAAUGCUUCAUUAAAUUUCUGUCUGUAUUGUGUCGUCUCGAAAAGAUAUCGGACGUUGAUGAAGCAGACAUUGAAGAAAUUCUUACAUAAACUUGAGGGAGUCGAUCGCCCAUUCCAAAUCAGUCUGAAACAAACAAAAAGCAGUUCUGCUCAUGUGACAUCCCUGGAGGAUCAUCAUGCACAUCUCAUUCAGAAUGUCUAG